AUGGAGUUCGACUUAGUGGAUGAAACACGAGCAAAAGCAGUUGUUCGACUAAUGGCGUACCGACAACGGAUGAAGCAGAACUACAACCUGAGGGCAAUCCUGAGUUCCUUCCAAAUCGGCGAUCUCGUAUGGAAAAAAGUGAAAUUAAUAUUUAGGCUUCUAGCAAAUAUGCCUCCUAUAAGAAAACAAUUGUCUGGAGCAGAAAAAAGGAAGAAAAAACAAAAGGAAGAAACUUUAAUUCAAAGCCAAGCAGGAAGUCUUAAUAAGUAUUUCACUAGCAGCCAAAAAGCAGAGCAAAUAGAAUUAGUAGAACAAAUGAAUCAGGAUGACACUGAUAAUAAGUUGAAUGAUCAAGAACAUAGUGAAUUGAAUGAACUUCACAAUAAAGAUCCAAAAGAAUCUGAAAAAGAUAAAGGUGAAGCCAGUAUGCCUAAAAAUGACAGUGAUGAAGACAUAAAUCAAGAGAUCUUGUUUCCUUUAAAUGUUGAUGAUCCAGGAAAUUGGGACAAAAUUCCAAAUAUUAGGGACUUUCUAGUUGAAAGAGGUCCUAAAAGAGAUGAUGGUAUUUUGUUUCCUCUUGAUAAUACCGGAAGACACUUCAAUCCAUCACAUUAUAAGAGGCAGUUGUCAAAUGGUGAGAAAAGUGAUAGAAGAUGGUUAGUGUAUUCUAUUUCAAUGGACAAGGUCUUCUGUUUCUGUUGCAAAUUAUUCAAGACUCAAAGAACCACAAUGAAACUUGGUCAUCUAGUUGAUGAAGGAUACAAAGAUUGGAAGAAUAUCAGUCGAUGUCUCAGUCUUCAUGAAACUAGUAGAGAUCAUAUUGAUUGCAUGACUAGUUGGAUCGAAUUAGAAACAAGACUUCGAAAGAAAAAAACAAUUGAUGAAAAUAUGCAAGUAGCAAUUAACAAAGAGAGAGAACAUUGGAAACAAGUAUUGAAAAGAAUAAUUGCAGUUGUGCAAAGAAUUGCAAAAAAUAAUUUGGCACUCCGGGGAGAUAAUGAGAAGCUUUAUGUUGAGAAUAAUGGAAUCUUUUUGCAGCUAAUUGAAAUGAUUGCUGAAUUUGAUCCAAUAAUGGAGGAACACCUUCGGCGUGUUCAAGAAAAACAGAUUCAUUACACUUAUCUUGGGCCCAAAAUCCAAAAUGAAUUGAUACAGAUGUUGGCGGCUGAAGUAAGAAAUUCAAUUGUUGCAAAAAUUAAACAUGCAAAGUAUUUCACUGUCAUACUUGAUUGUACUCCAGAUGCAAGUCACGAGGAGCAGAUGUCCCUUGUAAUUAGAUGUGUGGAUGAUUCAGAAAAUGCAAUAGCGAUUGAAGAAUUUUGGAUAGGAUUUUUAAAAGUUAAUGAAACUUCAGGGCUUGGGCUUUUUACAGAGCUUAAAAAUAUUUUGAGCAAUCUCGAACUUGACAUUGAUAAUAUAAGAGGUCAAGGGUGGCAAAUCUUCAAAGAUCAUGUGCAAGGUCUUACAGUCAAGCCAUUAUCACAAACACGAUGGGAAAGCCAUGUUGAAAGUGUGAAGCCCAUAAAAGAUCAAACUUCAAAAAUACGAGAUGCUUUAAUUGAUUUAGCAAACAUUUCUGAUGACUCAAAAAUAAAGAGCGAAGCUGAGGGUUUGGCAUCAUUCGAACUUGAGAAAAAACGCAUCAUUCGAAGAAAGAGACAAUUUGAUGAAAUCAACAGGGAAGAGGUAGCCCAGUCUCCUAAAGAAUCUUUUCGAGUUAAUUACUUCUUAUUUAUAAUUGAUCAAGCACUUUCUUCACUUCAAACUCGGUUUGAACAAUUUCAAAAAUAUGAAGAAACAUUUGGAUUUUUAUUUAGUUUGGAGAAAUUGAAGUCUAUUGAUGAUGAUGGUCUCUUGCACUCAUGUGUCAAUCUUCAAGACUCUUUAACACAUGAUGGUCACUCCGAUGUUGAUGGAUCAGAUUUAUAUCUAGAACUAAAGUUGUUAAGACACUCUUUACCAAGAGAUUCAAAAAGAGCAAUUGAUGUGCUAAAUUAUUUGAAGAAAAUGGAUGGUUGUUAUCCAAAUGCUUAUAUCGCUUAUCGAAUUUUGCUGACUAUACCAGUUACAGUUGCAUCUGCCGAAAGGAGUUUUUCCAAGUUGAAAUUGAUCAAAACUUAUCUCCGAUCAACUAUGUCACAAGAAAGACUAAAUGGCUUGGCUAUGUUAUCUAUCGAGAAAAAAGUGGUUGAGAAAGUUGAUUAUGCAAACUUAAUUAAUACUUUUGCUUCUAGAACUGCGAGGCGAGCAAUUUUCAAGUGA